CUGCCCCGUCCUGCCCCGCCGCCAUGAGGAGGCGCUCCCGGGGAGCCGGAGCCCCCCGGCACAGCCAUGGAUGAGGUCUCUUCUAUGGACAUUGAACUUCCAGCUACCUAUGCCUGUUGCCUGGGAUGGAAGAACUUGAUGUUAAUGUGAGUUCCAGUGAGGGCUUUGGCGUAGCGGAGAAGAUCGUGCUGCUCACCUUCAUCUCUGCAGUCAUACUGAUGGCCAUCCUGGGGAACCUGCUGGUGAUGGUGGCCGUGUGCCGGGACAGGCAGCUCAGGAAAAUCAAGACCAAUUAUUUCAUUGUUUCCCUUGCCUUUGCGGACCUGCUGGUGUCGGUGCUGGUGAUGCCAUUUGGAGCCAUUGAGUUGGUUCAGGACAACUGGAUCUAUGGGGAGAUGUUCUGCCUGGUCCGAACGUCCCUCGAUGUCCUGCUCACCACGGCGUCCAUCCUGCACCUCUGCUGUAUCUCGCUGGACAGGUACUAUGCUAUUUGCUGCCAGCCUCUGGUUUACAGGAACAAGAUGACUCCUUUGCGCAUCGCUGUAAUGCUUGGAGGGUGCUGGGUAAUCCCAACAUUUAUUUCUUUCCUCCCUAUCAUGCAAGGCUGGAAUAGCAUUGGCAUCAUUGAUCUGAUUCAGCAAAGGCAGUUCAACAAGGCUUCCAACUCCACUUACUGCAUAUUCAUGGUCAACAAGCCAUACGCCAUUACCUGCUCCGUGGUGGCCUUCUACAUGCCCUUCCUCCUGAUGGUGCUGGCCUACUACCGCAUCUACGUGACGGCCAGGGAGCACGCCCGCCAGAUCCGGGUGCUGCAGCGCGCGGGGGCCCCGGCCGAGGGCAGGCAGCAGCCCCCAGACCAGCACAGCACCCACCGCAUGAAGGCCGAGACCAAAGCUGCCAAGACCCUGUGCAUCAUCAUGGGGUGCUUCUGCCUGUGCUGGGCCCCCUUCUUUGUCACAAACAUAGUGGACCCUUUCAUAAACUACACGGUGCCGGGGAAGCUGUGGACGGCUUUCCUGUGGCUGGGCUACAUCAAUUCAGGGUUGAACCCUUUCCUCUACGCCUUCCUGAACAAGUCCUUCAGACGUGCCUUCCUCAUCAUCCUGUGCUGCGGUGAUGAGCGAUACCGAAGGCCUUCCAUCCUGGGGCAGACCGUGCCCUGUUCCACCACCACAAUAAACGGAUCGACUCACGUACUAAGGUACACUGUUUUACGUAACGGGCAUCAUCAGGAACAUGAGAAGCUUCCCAUCCACAAUGACCCUGAAUCCCAAGAGUCCUGUUUUUAGUCAUGGUCCUAGGAAUGUCUCAGCUGAAGGAAUUAAUUCCUUUUAAGGUACCCAAAGGAUUAAUGGACAACAGGACUUUAUGAAAACUCAUGCAUCAGCACUGUCAUGGUGCUUCCUACACUGACUGCCUAUGAAUCUCCAGGUCGAUGGGGGCACAGAAACAUACACGAGCAGAAUGGCUGAGGAGACUCUCCUGUUUCUCCAAGGACAGCUGGGCUAUAUGACCGUGUCAGAGCCUUCCUCCAGGAGAGUGCUGAUUACUGUCAAUGUAAGGAAACAGCACAUACAAACCACCCAGUGCAGGGACUCCUGUUAAUCCUUUCCAGCUGCCAUCUGUGUAAAAGCCACCUCUCUGUCCUGUAACACCACCAUCUUAAAGAUUAUAAGUUCUGGCUAAGGUCUGUCACGCUGUCAGACUAAACAUCUGCACCAGAUCCCGCCGGUGAGCAGGUGCUGCUGGCAGAGAACCAGCCCCACGUUGUCUUCAGCCAAAUCAAGUAUUUGCCUUUUGAUUAUAGUUCCUGAUGAAAGGUCAGCAUCAGCUGCUGAUUCACCCUGCCCUGCAGAGCUUUCUUUGUAAAUGCUGUUAUUGUGUUUCCUGGCCAAGUUCAUUGGCAGAAGGCUCACAGGGUGUACCCGGUGCCUGACAAGCUGGAGCAGGACCUGCAGAGCUGUUUCCCUGCCAGCAUUGCUGCAGUCCAGCCCCACUGCUGGCAGCCAGUGGCCAACCUCUGCCACUCGGAGGCCAAUGGAUGGGAUGUGGCCCCCAAGCCCAGGCCAGCUGCCAGCUCUGUCCUCACCUGAGCAAACUGUGGCCAUUCUUACCAAAAACAAAGGUUGGUCAAGAGACAGAGUCAGUCUGUAAUAGAUCACUAAGUGCCAUCUUGGAAAACAUACCAUCUAAAAAAGUUUUUUAGCUACAUGAGGAAGACAGACUUCUACUUACGGUUUCCAUCUUUAUUUUUCUAUUGGUUCUGUUCUCUUCCAGUUGAGGCAUGAAGUUUCAAGACUUUCAAAUAUCACCAUAUGCACCUCUCUGCAAAGAUCUCAGUCCUUAGCUGCUUCCUGCAUGUAGAUGUUGCUGUGUUCCUUGUGAGCUGCUUCCACCCUUGCAUGGAAAGGGCAGGCAAGGCCGUAGACUUCAGAACACUGGGAAAAUUAUUUUCAUGCAGGGGGAAAUAUGCAGGAUCAAGACUACAAGCCUCUGCCUUUUCAGAUGAAGAUCUAACCCAGAAAUGCCACUCCAAGCCUAGAAAAUAAAAUUGUACUUUGUUAUAUUGUGUAAUCAUGUACAGAUAUUUUUAAUGUAAAAAGAAAAGGUGACAUUAUUUAUUAUUUUUUAUCAGGAACAUGUGUUUUUUUUCAUUAAAGGCUUCUAUACCCAGGAGCUUAACAUUAUCUGUAUUAUGAUUUAGUAAUGUUUCUGUUGCUAUGUGACAGGUAUUUACUGUAAACAAACAAACAAAUCCUGCUUUGAACAAACAAAAAUGUUGCUCAGUAGGAAAAAAAAAAGUGCAUGAUGAGAACAACCAGCUUCCUUGCCUUGGUGUCUGACUUCUUCACAUACCUUCUUCCACAUUAAAAAGUCACUAAUAAAGCUUUCCAUCAUUUUCCUUUAUGAUAUAAAAGGACACAGGGCAGAAACAGACACCAAUGUAGAAAAUUGCUGGCAGUUAGAAAGAGACAAACUAUUGGUGUUUGUGGCGAUAGGUGCUGAUGGGAAGAACAUGAGCUAUUUGAAAAGAGAUGGUGAGGCAGUUUGAGCUAAUUCCUGGUUCAUCAUCAGGAGCAGUUCAGCAAUGAUCCAUUUUUACAGGGCUGUGUUCCCAAAAGAACUUGCUAUCAGUUCAGCUCUGUUGUUACCAGAGCAGUAAGUGAAAAAAACAGGCCAGUAUCGAAAGUUUUGGAAAAAAGUCCAUCCAGGACCACUUCAGUACACCUCUGUGGAACUGCUCACAUGGGGUUUUGCCUGGAUUUGGGUAUGCAAGACUGCAGAACAGGUUGUCUUAGUUUUACCUCAAGUACCAAAGAAAUCCUAUAAAAUGUCCCUAUUAAAAGGCAUCAAAAUAUUGGUUUGAAUUUUCUCAGAGUGAUGUGGAACCGGCAGCAUGGGGAUGCAAUAGUGAUGGUGUUCUUUGAUUCCACUGUUGUCCUUGAAGUGUUGCUUUAUCCUAUAUUUUUAUGUGCUUUAGUAAUAUGUCUCAAUUUAAAAUUAACUUCUCAACCUGGAAUUUUACUCAUGAACAAUGUUCAAAAGGCUCUUUCAGUGGGAUCAGUAGCACACUAGCCAAAAUGAUUAACAGCUCCGAUUGGAAAAAAGGUUCCACUUCCAAACAACAUAUUUGAAUGAAAUACCAAACAUGAAAUGUCCAUGUUCUGUCUCAUGUCUGGCUAAUUGCUCAUUGGACCCACUAAGCCUGUCAUGAACCACCUGGCAGCUCCUGCUUAAUAACUCAAUAACCUCAGCAAUGUUUCUGUGAACCCAGCAAAUGACAGUGUCCAUCAUCAAUAAUGUUAGUAUUUCUGUGGAAAAGAAGCUGUCUCAUGGAAAGGACCUGUGCUUGAUUUCCUUUGCUAAAGGUAGCUGCUCCUGUAGCCUCUGAGUUCAUCUUCCCACUGACCAUUUUGGCUAGCAGUGUCAGAGACUUUGCCUGUGCUGAAUAAUGUGUAACACAUUGGCUGUUUCUAAGAAUAAAAAAAUCCUCUAUGUAUAUUGCAGUA